GCGACAGUUCCCUUGCAAUUCCUGCCGCCAGAGCCAUGGCGCCAAAUCUUGACGAUGAUUUCAUCUUCACCAUCUCCGACCACGACGAUGUGUCCGACGACGGUGGCGCCGACGAGGCCGCUGCGGCGAGCGCGAAACUAGCAGGCGCUGGCAAGAAGAGGAAAUACACAGAGGACCCAGACCUGAAUGUCAGACCCAAGGAAGUCGCCUCGAAGAAGGCAAAGAAGGACAAGAAGAAGGGAAAGAAAGGAAACAAGACCGAGCCGGAACCUGAGCUCGAAGAUGACGAGGCCGACCAAGAAAUGCCCCAGCCCGGCGAGGACGUAGACCAAAACGACGAUAUCGCCAGUGAUUUCGAGUUUGCUGUCGGCGACAUAGACACCGGCUUUGUAGAGGAAUUCGACGGUUGGGGGAACGACAAUGGUACAGUCGCCCAGGAAUCGGGAAAGAAGAGCACUGCGGUAGAUGUCGACGAAAUCAUUGAGCGCAGACGGAACAAGAAGAGUGCGCAGAAAGUGGUCGAGCUCGAAUCAUCUGAUACCUCUGAAAUUGGUGACUUUGAGGGUUUUGGUGAUGAUGACGAGCUCAUGGCGGAAGAUGGUUUCGGCAUGGGCGCCCCUAGCGAUUCUGAGGAUGAAGAAGACGACAACGAAGAGAUUUCCGAUGACGAAGACAAACCCAAGCACAAGCACGCGGGCGAGGAGAGUGGAUCAGAGGACGAUGAUGAGGAAGAAGCCGAGGUGCCUCACGUUCCACACCCUAUGGACCUCGAGGGCGCUGAGAGUGAAGACGAGGACGAGAGCGAACAAGAGGACGCUGUCGAAGCUGAGAAGGCUGCCGCCUUUUUUGCGUCGGAAGACAGUGUGACUGUAAAGAAGAAGAAAGGUACAAAAGCUGGCACGGGUUCAUUCCAGGCCAUGUCUCUCUCACGACCCAUUCUCCGCGGUCUGGCCUCCGUGGGCUUUACUGAACCGACUCCGAUCCAGAGCAAGGCGGUCCCCAUUGCUAUGCAAGGAAAGGACGUCGUUGGUGGAGCCGAGACUGGUUCCGGUAAAACGGCUGCUUUCCUCAUUCCCAUCCUUGAGCGUCUCCUAUACCGCCCAAAGAAGGUUCCAACUACGCGUGUUGCCAUCUUUAUGCCCACGCGUGAGUUGGCGGUGCAAUGUUUUAAUGUUGCUACGAAGCUUGCAUCAUUCACCGACAUCACUUUUGCGUUGAUGGCUGGUGGUUUCUCAUCACGCGAGCAGGAAGCUGUGUUGAAGACCAGACCAGACGUCGUCAUUGCGACACCUGGUCGUUUCAUUGACCACAUGCACAACACGGCCGCCUUCCAGGUCGAGCAUCUUGAAAUCCUUGUCCUUGAUGAGGCCGAUCGCAUGCUCGAGGAGGGUUUCGAGACUCAACUCAACGAGAUCUUGACCACCAUUCCAAAGUCACGCCAGACGAUGCUUUUCUCCGCCACCAUGACGAGCUCAGUCGACAAGCUGAUUCGCAUUGGUAUGGACAAGCCUGUGCGGUUAAUGGUGGAUGCCAAGAAGCACACCGUCAAGGGACUGACCCAAGAAUUUGUUCGACUCAGGCAAGGCAAGGAAGACAAGAGGCUCGCCUACCUCAUGUACAUCUGUGAAAAGAUCUACACGGAAAAAGUCAUUGUGUUCUUCCGGCAAAAGAAGGAGGCACAUAGGGUGCGAGUCGUAUUCGCACUCUGUGGACUCAAGGCGAGCGAGCUCCACGGUAACAUGAGUCAAGAACAGCGUAUUCAAGCCGUCGAAGCAUUCCGUUCGGGCAAAUCAGCUUAUUUGCUUGCUACUGACGUUGCCUCGCGUGGCCUCGACAUCAAGAACGUGUCAACAGUCAUCAACUACGAAGCACCGCAGAGUCAUGAGAUUUACCUGCAUCGUGUUGGUCGUACGGCUCGUGCUGGAAGGAGCGGUCGCGCGUGUACGCUGGCAGCCGAGCCGGAUCGUAAAGUAGUCAAGCAAGCCGUCAAGGCGUCGCGUGAGCAAGGAGCCAAGGUGGUUAGCCGUCAAGUCCCAGCAGAGGAGACGGAUAGGUGGAUGAAGAAGCUCAAGAGCCUGGAAGGCGAGAUCGAGGAGGUUCUGGCAGAGGAAAAAGAGGAGCGCGCCAUGAGUGUCACAGAGCGUGACCUCAAGCGCGGCGAGAACCUGAUUGUUCACGAAGAUGAGAUCAAGUCUCGGCCGAAACGCACAUGGUUUCAAACAGAAAAGGAGAAGUUGGCUGAGAAGGAGAGGGGUGCAGCAGCGCUUAACGGGCCCUCUGGAGGAGCAGGAAAGGGCAAGGAUAAGAAGAAGAAGCUCAGCGGCAAGGACAAGAAGAAGCUCGAGGCGAAGGACGUGCGCACAGAAGGCAAGCAGUGGAAGAAGGGCAAGGCGGAUCGUGGGCUGAGUACGGGCAAGGCAAAGGAAAAGCAGGCCAAGCUGAAGAACAAGUCCAAGAAGAUUGCGGCCAAGUCGAGCUUCAAGGGCUUCAAGGAGUAGCCAAGUAGUUGCUGUAUGUAUGUGUGGAUGGAUGGAUGGACAUGACGAGUGCAAAACGGUGCAUAUAUCAUAUGUAUGUAUGCAAUAACAAGGCUCCUGCGUGCACAGGGCCCA